AUGUGUACUAACAAUAACACACAUUGUGUCAACAUCUCAAGUAUGCUUCCCAACUUUAUCCCGAAGGAAGACGACGUUUUCUCCCGGCGUUGCAUUUGGGUCAACGGGCCGGUCAUUGUCGGAGCCGGUCCAUCGGGCCUAGCUGUUGCUGCCGGCCUAAAACGCCAAGAAGUUCCUUAUAUAAUCCUCGAGCGAGCUAACUGCAUAGCCUCUCUGUGGCAAAACAGAACCUAUGAUCGUCUCAAGCUUCAUCUUCCCAAACAGUUCUGUCAACUACCCAAUCUACCCUUUCCCGAUGACUUCCCGGAAUAUCCAACGAAAUAUCAGUUUAUAGAGUACCUUGAGUCCUACGCAACCCACUUUGAUAUCCAACCUAAGUUCAACGAGACUGUCCAGUCAGCUAAAUACGAUGAGAGGUUUGGGCUGUGGAGGGUCAAGACUGUUUCGAGAAGCGGCCUACUCGGUUCUUGCGAGUUUGAGUAUCUUUGCAGGUGGCUCGUGGUGGCAACGGGAGAAAAUGCUGAGAAAGUGGUUCCAGAGUUUGAGGGUUUAGAAGAUUUUGGUGGCGAUGUUUUUCACGCUGGUGAUUAUAAAUCUGGCGAGAGGUACCGUGGAAAACGAGUUCUAGUUGUUGGAUGUGGCAACUCCGGCAUGGAAGUCUCUCUUGAUCUAUGCAACCACAGUGCAAGUCCAUCAAUGGUCGUUCGUAGCUCUGUUCAUGUGUUGCCGAGAGAGAUUCUUGGGAAGUCUACAUUCGGAAUAGGUGUAACAAUGAUGAAAUGGAUGCCAGUUAGGCUUGUGGAUAAGACUCUGCUCCUUCUCACCAGGUUAUUUCUAGGGAAUACUGAUAAGUACGGCCUUAUGAGACCAGUACUUGGACCGUUAGAGCUGAAGAACACGUCCGGUAAAACUCCAGUUCUAGAUGUCGGAGCCUUUUCUAAAAUCAAAUCAGGAAAGAUCAAAAUAGUUCCUGGAAUCGUCAAGUUUGGCCCGGGAAAGGUUGAACUUGUGGAUGGCCGAGUUCUAGAGAUUGAUUCAGUGGUUCUUGCGACUGGUUACAGAAGCAAUGUCCCUUCAUGGCUUAAGGAGAAGGACCUGGCGGAGAUUGGGAUAGAGAAAAACCCGUUUCCAAAAGGGUGGAAAGGGGAGGCUGGAUUAUAUGCGGUGGGGUUUACCAGACGAGGACUCUCAGGUGCGUCGCUUGAUGCCAUGAGUGUGGCUCAUGAUAUUGCUAAUGCGUGGAAAGAAGAAACUAAGCAACAGAUUAAAUCUGUCGCUGCUCGUCACCGUCGUUGUAUCUCACACUUCUGA